AUGUCGGUCACUCUGGAGGAGCUCUACAACGGAACCACUCGUAAGCUAUCGAUUCAGAAGAAAGUGAUUUGUGAUAAAUGCGAGGGAAAGGGAACGAAGAACCCGGCGGUCGGACCCGAGAGGUGUCACGUGUGUAGAGGCAGUGGAAUGCAGAUACGGGUCGAGCAUUUGGGGCCGUCUAUUGUCCAACAAAUCCAAACGGUUUGCGGCGAAUGCGGCGGAAAAGGGGAACGAAUUGCGCCCAAAGAUCGCUGCAAACAAUGCGAUGGAAAGAAGGUCUCGAAGGACAAGAAGAUACUGGAAGUGCACAUCGAUAAGGGUAUGGAAGACGGCCAGAGGAUCGCCUUCUCGGGAGAGGGAGAUAUGGAACCGGGACUCGAGAUGGCGGGCGAUAUCAUUGUGGUGUUGGACGAGAAGGAACACACGGUCUUCAAGAGAGUCAAAACCGAUGAUCUGCUCAUUAAUCUGGACUUAACUCUAACCGAAGCGUUGUGUGGAUUCCAGAAAGGAGUGAAAACACUGGACAAUCGGACACUAGUAUUGACAUCACUUCCGGGCGAAGUUGUAAAACACGGAUCCGUGAAGUGUGUGAUCGGCGAAGGAAUGCCUCGAUAUAAGAGUCCCUUCGAAAAGGGAAAACUGAUUAUUCAGUUUUUGGUGAAGUUUCCCGAAAACAUCGAACCCGCGUCUGUCACUCAGUUGGAGAAUAUACUUCCGCCGCGACCUCGCAUUGACCUACCAAUGGAUGAUCAGCCCAUCGAAGAGGUUAUGCUCACCGAUAUGGACAUCGAGAACGAAAGGGCCCAUCAAUCCAGAGGUCACGGCAGAGGAGGUGGUCUCGAGGCCUACGACGAGGACGGCUUCGAGCAGCACUCACACGGCCCCGGCGUUCAAUGUGCUACACAUUAA